AUGACGCCCCCCGCGUCGGGCUCAACCCCUCCCUCCCGCAUCUCCAAGUUCACCCUCUCGCUACCCAAGAUCGAGCUCCACGCCCACCUCAACGGCAGCAUCCGACGCUCUACCCUCUCCCACCUCGCUGCCCUGCGCAACGUCGAUCCUUCCACCACGCGCAUCCUCUCACACAUCCCCUCUACGCUUUCCGAGGCAUUCGAUGUGUUUCGUAUCAUCCAUUCGUGCGUCGUUACGCUCGCGGAUGUUGAACGCAUAGCGUACGAGAUCGGGGAGGAUAUGGAGGAGGAUGGAGUGGUGUACGCGGAGAUUCGGAGUACGCCGAGGGAUAUGGGUGAGGGAGAUUUAGAGGGGUAUGUGAAGGCGGUUUUGCGGGGGUUUGAUCGAUACCGUUUGGAGAAAGGGAAGGUGAUAUUGAGGCUGUUGCUUUCGAUCGAUCGUGCGAAACACACUGCCUCGGACUCCUACGAGAUUGUAUCUCUUGCUGCAAAGUUUCGUUCCCAAGGAGUGAUCGGUAUAGAUCUAUCCGGCGAUCCUACGAAAGGAGACUUCGGCACCUACCUCCCCGCCCUCACCCACGCUCGUUCACUCGGUUUGAAGAUCACACUGCACGCGGGAGAAGUUCUCAACCCCACCGAGUUCUCUUCCAUGCUCGAUUUCCACCCGGAUCGAUUCGGUCACUGCUGCUUCGUCGACCCCCCCAACCUCGCGCGUCUCACGGAAAGCAGCAUCCCCAUAGAGCUGUGUCUCACUUCAAACCUCCUCUCCAACUCCAUACCCACUGGCAAGUUGACCGAUCACCACUUUGGAAUACACCAUAACGCGAAAAGCGAGGGUUCAACGAUCUGCUGCAUCUCCACGGAUGACAGUGGCGUUUUCGGGAGUCCGUUGUCGAACGAGUACAGGUUGGUGAUGGACAGUUUUGGGUUGGGUGAGAGGGAGGUUUUUGAGCUGGCGAGGAGGACGCUGGAUGCUACGUUUCUGGAGAGCCAGAGCGGGAAGAAUGCGGAUGAGGCGACAGGGAAAGAUUCGGAGGAUCGGAAGAGGAUACAGGACAAGUUCGAUGAGUUUGAGAGGGACUGGAGAUGGAACUGA